AUGGCACCUGGUGUUGGGGGCUAUCGCCAAAUCAACAAGGCGUUCAAUGUUUGUGCGUUUGAGGACUACCUCGAAGGUCAACAAAAUGUCCUACCAAAACUCCUCGAUGUUGAACAAAUAAGCCCACGAGUCAUUCGUGUACUCGGGCAAAACCCAGGGAAGUUCACGCUCCAAGGCACAAACACGUACAUCAUCGGCACCGGCUCAAAGCGCCUCAUCAUCGACACCGGCCAAGGCAUCCCGGAGUGGGCCAACCUAAUCUCCACAACCCUGAGCAAGGGCAACUUCACCCUCUCCCACGUCCUCCUCACCCACUGGCACGGCGACCACACGGGCGGCGUACCCGACCUGAUCACCGCCUACCCCUCCCUCACCACCGCCAUCUACAAGCACACGCCCAGCAAGACCCAACAGCCCAUCACCGACGGGCAAAUCUUCCGCGUCGAGGGCGCCACCGUGCGCGCCGUGCACGCGCCCGGCCACUCCCACGACCACAUGUGCUUCGUGCUCGAGGAAGAAAACGCCAUGUUCACGGGUGACAAUGUCCUCGGCCACGGCACGGCCGCCGUCGAGCGCCUCGGCCAGUGGAUGGCCACGCUGCGGCAGAUGCAGACGCACGGGUGUGCGCGCGGAUAUCCGGCGCACGGCGCCGUUAUUGCUGAUCUGCCGGGCAAGAUCAACGGCGAGCUGAUGGGUAAGAUGAGAAGGGAGAGGCAGGCGCUGCAGGUGCUGCAGGGGACGCGAGCUAGUGGGGGUGUGUGUAAGGGGCGGAUGACGGUGCGGGAGCUGGUUACGGCGGUGUAUGGGGCGUCGACGGAUGAUGGGGUGCGGGAGUUGGCGCUGGAGCCGUUUAUGGAUGAGGUGCUGAGGAAGUUGGCUGAGGAUGGUAUGGUGGGAUUUGAUAUGAGGGGGGGGGUGAAGAAGUGGUUUGCUGUUGUGUAG